AUGGCGGACCCUGUGCAGGAGGAGCUCUUGGCCCUGUCCGCGAUUUUCUGCGGGCAGGACGAGUGGGAGGUGCUGAGCCGCUCAGAGACAGAUGGCACCGUGGUCAGAAUUCACACAAAAGCUGAAGGACCCGCGGCUGUGGAUGUACCCUUAGAACUGGUGUUCCAUUUACCGGUCACGUACCCUCUGUGUCUACCUGGUGUCUCUGUUAACUCUGAACACCUGACCAGGGCCCAGUCUCUGAUGGUGAAAGAGAAGUUACUUGAACAAGCACAGAACCUGUUGUCGGAACCAAUGGUUCAUGAACUUGUUCUCUGGGUUCAGCAGAAUCUCAGACACAUUGUCAACGAGCCUGGCACAGGAAGAGCCAAUGAAAAGUGUGCUCUCCCAGCAUCCAGCACAACUGUCGAUGAGGGACUGUGGAUGACGCUUUUGCAUUUAGAUCACAUGAGAGCAAAGGCCAAAUAUGUCAGAACUAUAGAGAAAUGGGUAUCAGAUUUAAGGAUAACUGGAAGACUGAUGUUCAUGGGGAGAAUAAUAUUGAUUUUACUACAAGGAGACAGAAACAGCAUCAAGGAGUACCUGAUUCUUCAGAAAACCUCCAAAGUAGAUGUGGACUCAAGUGGAAAGAAAUGCAAAGAGAAAAUGAUUAGUGUCCUGUUUGAAACAAAAGUACAGACAGAACACAAAAGGUUUCUGGCAUUUGAAGUCAAAGAGUAUUCAUCGUUGGAUGACUUACAAAAGGAAUUUGAAACUGCAGGACUUAAGAAGCUUUUCUUCGAAUUUGUACUUGGGCUCGUGAAAUGA